GUGUCCAAAUCUUCGAUUGCUUCGGGUGACUGGGCCAAUACGAACGCCAAAACGAGACUUGCCGUUGUGCGGUCUCGGGGUGGCGGCGGACGGCAGCAUGGCAAUGUCAUGGCAUUUGCGUCGCGAGCGCCUUACGAGCGGACGUAUUGUCGGCGCAUUCGCACCGUAUAAACAUUGAAUAUCAACACAGUUUUUUGUCGAGCAGCGUUUUUAUUUAGUCAUAUUGUCGACUGUCUGGGUGCAAAUAAUAAAAAAGCUAAAAGCUCCCAUUUAACAAUCGAUCGGAUCGGGGUUACGUUUUGGUGUUUUUAGUUAGCAAUAAAUUGAAUUUUGUCGUCGUCGAGGUGACGUAAAACCCGGUGCUGUGAUAACGGGGAGUGAUGUGAAUCAAGUUGUGUUUACGUUGCGAUGUGUGUGGGUCGAGUGUAAAGUGGUUUGUUAUUUAUGAUGGGUUAUGCAUCGAGUGGGGCAGGGCGGGCAGCGCAUGAGGCGCUGCUCGCGCGGCAAGACGCUGAGCUGCGCCUAAUGGAGUCCAUGAAGAGGAGUCUCCAAGCCAAGAUGAAGAGCGACCGCGAAUACGCCCUCGCCCUCUCGGCCGCCGCCGCUCAAGGCCAGAAAAUGGACAAGUGCGAGGAUCUUAAUGGAUCUCUAAUAGCGUCCGCUUGGCGAACCAUGACGGAGGAAUGGGAGAACACUAGCCGUCUGAUCAAGGCCAAUGCCGAAGCCCUGGAGUCCCGGGCUUUGGAUCGGCUCAUCACAUUGAUGACAGAACGACGGAAAACCCGCAAAGUUUAUCAAGAAGACCAUACCAAAAUUUCUUCACAGUUUACACAGUUAACGGAAGAAGUGCAGAGAAAACAGAGCGAGUAUCAGAAAUGUCUGGAGUCAUACAAACAAAUGAGGGCUAAGUUCGAGGAGAACUACCUUAAAUGUACAGCAAAGAAUAAUAAAGAAUCAACUGGUCCAUUCCAUUCAAGUAAUGUUUUCAAGGGCAAAGGUCCGACGAGUAGGGGUGGUCGUAAGUUAGAUGAGACACGUGACAAGUACAGCAAAGCAUGUCGGAGGUUACAUCGUGCACACAAUGAGUACGUGCUACUGUUGGCUGAGGCGACGGAGUGUGAGCGUGCACUCAGGACUGCCGCAUUGCCUUCACUAUUGGACCAGCAGAAGCGACAAGGAGAGGCGACGGCGGCUACAUGGAAAGCAAUACUCCUGGAGGUGGUGCAAAGGUCCGACUUCAGCACGGACAAGUUCAGGGAGAUCACGAGCAAAGUGGAAACCACGAUACAAAACCUCAAACCCCAAGAUGAAUACAAAGAAUUCAUGGAGAAAUACAAAUCACCGCCCUCAACACCCAUCACAUUUACAUUCGACGAGAGUCUAGUAGAAGAUACGAGCGGAAAACUACAACCGAAUCAAUUAACAGUUGACAACCUCACUGUUGAAUGGUUGAAAGAGAAGCUUACUGAACUGGAAUCAUCACUACAAGACAACAGAGAGAAGCAGACCGCGUUACACGGACCGGAGAUCAUAGGCAAUGGUAUCUGCAAGAAUAACAAUAGUAGUUCGCAGUCGGGUAUCAGCAAUGGUGUCAAUGGCAUUGAUAGGCAUUCGCCGCCACCGAUACCAGUGACGUCAUCGGAGCCAACGAAACUUCUGGAACUUCGAGUGGUUGAGCGCAAGUGCGCGCGUCAAGCCGAACUGAUACGGACCGCGCUGGCGGAGCUCGGCUGCGAGGAGGCGCCCAGCGGUUGUCCUGACCUGUCUGCUGAGACCGUCGGCGGAGACAGCCUGGAUGGAAGCUCUCCGGACCAUCAGGAUCGGUCAUCGUUGGGGUCUAAAGCGUCGGUCGACGCGUUGCGGUUGCACCUCCAUUCUAUAAUCCCGCCGAGGCCCUUCUUCAAAAUGUUCACGAGGCCCUUUAGAUGCAAGUCGGUGCCCUCGAGCCCGGCCCUACCGCCCAAAACGUACCGGAGUAGCAGCGAAGGGCCCGCCGACACGGUGAGCGUGAGUGAGACGGAACGAUCACUGGUGGAGCAGGAGUGGUUCCAUGGGGUGUUACCUCGCGAAGAAGUGGUGCGUCUGCUGCGAGCCGACGGAGACUACCUGGUGCGGGAGACGACGCGCAAUCACGCGCGGCAGCUCGUCCUCUCCGUCUGCUGGGGGCAACACAAGCACUUCAUCGUGCAGACCACACCGGAGGGUCACUAUCGUUUCGAGGGCGCUGCAUUCCCUUCAGUGGGUGAGCUGAUAGCGUGGCAGCGGGCGAGUGGUGUGCCAGUCACCGCGCGCUCGGGCGCUCUGCUCCGCCGCGCUGUGCCGCGAGAGACCUGGGAACUGAACAACGACCAUGUCAUACUGCUCGACAAGAUCGGACGGGGUAAUUUCGGAGACGUGUACAAGGCUCGUUUAAAGACGACUGGUCAGGAAGUGGCAGUGAAGACCUGCCGCGUGGCGCUGCCUGAGGAACAGAAGCGCACAUUCCUGCAGGAGGGCCGCAUACUGAAGCAGUACCAGCAUCCCAACAUCGUGCGUCUCAUCGGCAUCGCCGUGCAGAAACAGCCCAUCAUGAUUGUCAUGGAACUAGUGCCAGGCGGGUCACUGCUAACAUUCCUGCGCACACGAGCUGGCGCGCUGAGCUCGCGGUCGCUGCUGGCGAUGUGCCGGGACGCGGCGGCCGGCAUGCGAUAUCUCGAGUCCAAGAACUGCAUCCACCGCGACCUCGCCGCACGCAACUGUCUCGUCGCCGACGACCACACCGUCAAGAUCUCCGACUUCGGCAUGUCGCGAGAGGAGGAGGAGUACAUCGUGUCGGGGGGAAUGAAGCAGAUACCUAUCAAGUGGACUGCACCUGAGGCCCUCAACUUCGGCAAGUACACGUCACUCUGCGAUGUAUGGAGUUACGGGGUACUGAUGUGGGAGAUAUUCUCUAAGGGCGACACUCCCUACGCCGGCAUGAGCAACUCACGAGCUCGGGAGAAAAUUGACGCCGGCUAUAGAAUGCCGGCACCUGACGGUUGUUCCGAGGACGUGUACGCUUUGAUGCUGCGAUGUUGGGAGUACGAGGCGGAAAAACGACCGCAUUUCCAUCAGAUUUAUACUAUUAUUGAUAAUAUUUAUAACAGGUAACAUAUUCAGGAACAAAUUUUAGAUAAUUAUAAUAAAAAAUAAUAUCUAUCUUUUAAUUCGAGUAUAUUUCAAAGGCAAAAAUAUUAUUGUUAGUAUUUUUCAAUAGAUCUUUCUUAUGGAGAUUUUUUUUAUAGAUACCGUAACAGAUUAUGUACUUUAACAGCAUUUGCAUUGUCAGUCAAUUUGUAGAAAAAAGACAUAGCAAUAGUCUUCGACAUUUGCUAUACAAUCAAAUUAAUGAUAAAAUAAAAUGAAACAGAAAUUCUGUAAUUCUAGUUUUACUCUGGUUUUUAAAUUUCCAACCACUUAUUGAAGUUGUCUAUGGAAA